AUGGAACCGCGUCAACUACGAGCGAUCAUGCUUUACGAGCAUAAUCUAGGGACGAGUGCAAGGCAAACGGCCGAGAAAAUUAACACUGCGUUCGGACAAUGCACUAUUGCUCAUUCCACAGUGAGUUAUUGGUUUAAGUCUUUUGAUAAGGGGGACACGAGUUGUGAAGACAAACCUCGCUCCGGUCGGCCAGUUGUCUUCGACGAAGACCUUCUACGCUCACAUUUGGAAAGACAUCCGGAUGCGACUACCAGGGACUUGGAGAAGGAACUUGGGUACGACCAUUCCACCAUAAUUCGGCACCUGCAUGCAAUGGGCUACCACAAAAUAAUGAGUCGGUGGACACCCCACGCUUUGACAGACAGCGAGCGCGCAGCACGCGUGACCAUAUGCGAAAGUCUCCUCCUGCAACCACACAGACAAGACUUUCUCAGGUCCAUUGUCACCGUCGACGAAUCCUGGGUUCACUACAACAACAAAACGCGGCAGGCCUAUUGGGUUCUACGCGGAGAAAGGGCGCCAACGGAACCAAAGGGAUAUUGGGAACUGUUGGACGAGAAACAGACUAUUAACGCUACUAUUUGUGGAGAGCAACUGGAAAAGUUAGCCCCAGAAAUAGCGACUAAGCGUCCAAAAAGGCUGUCUGUAUCACUUCUUCAGGACAACGCUCGACCACAUACUGCGAAGUCUGUCCGCCACAUUCUGGAAAAGCUGAACUGGACAGUGGUACCUCACCCGCCAUACAGUCCUGAUAUUGCGCCGUCGGACUAUUUACAAAUAAUACGCACCCACUUGGGAAAGGAGCUAGUUAUUUACGACGACCACACAUAUUACUGCAACGUGACCAGCGCUAACGGUUGGAAGAAGUACUGGAGAUGCACCCGCGGCGGCGGAACCAGGUGCUGCGCUGCUAGACUGCACCUGUCGCCAGAUUACAAGGUCAUGAAAAUCAUUAAUGAGCAUCGCCAUCCACCACCACGAUUUAUCGUUAGAAAUGGAGUUUACACUAAAAUAGGAUGA